CGCAGCCCCGCCCCCUCGGCCGCCGUCUGUCUCCCGGAGGCGGCAACCGCUCCCGCUCGGCCCUUCCCGGUUGGCCGGGCCGGCUGCGCCUCGCGUCUCCGCCGACCAUGGGGGACCCCAGCAAGCAGGACAUCCUGAGCAUCUUCAGGCGCCUUCGCUCCGUGCCGACCAACAAGGUGUGUUUUGAUUGUGGUGCCAAGAAUCCCAGCUGGGCCAGUAUAACCUAUGGGGUGUUUCUUUGUAUCGACUGCUCAGGGUCACACCGGUCACUGGGCGUUCACUUGAGUUUUAUUCGAUCUACAGAGCUGGACUCUAACUGGUCUUGGUUUCAGCUGCGAUGCAUGCAGGUUGGCGGAAAUGCUAACGCAUCUUCCUUUUUCCAUCAACACGGCUGUGCCACCAAUGACACCAAUGCCAAGUACAAUAGUCGUGCUGCUCAGCUCUAUCGGGAGAGAAUCAAGUCACUGGCCUCCCAGGCAACGCGGAAGCACGGCACUGAUCUCUGGCUGGAUAGCUGUGUGGUUCCACCUUUGACCCCUCCGCCAAAAGAGGAAGAUUUUUUUGCCUCUCAUGUUUCUUCUGAGGUGAGUGGCACAGGGUGGGCCUCAGCACAGCCAGAAGUAUCUUCUUUGCCACCAAGGAAUGUGGAAACCACUCCAGCUAAUAAUGAAGGUGGACCAGAACAAGGACCAAGUGUGGAAGGUCUUAAUGCACCGACGAAGGCUGCUUCAGAGGUGUCCUCUAUCAUAAAAAAGAAACCAAAUCAAGCAAAAAGAGGACUUGGGGCCAAAAAAGGAAGUUUGGGAGCCCAGAAAGUGACGAAUACGUGCUUUAAUGAAAUUGAAAAACAAGCCCAAGCUGUAGAUAAAAUGAAGGAACAGGAAGACCGUCUGGCCAGGGCAGCACCUAAGGAAGAAUCCAUCGUUUCAUCACUGCGAUUAGCCUAUAAGGAUCUUGAAAUUCAAAUGAAAAAGGACGAGAAGGUGAACAUGAGUGGCAAAAAAAAGAUAGAGUCGGAGAGACUCGGCAUGGGAUUUGGAAAUUGCAGAAGUGGUAUUUCACAUUCCGUGACUUCAGAUAUGCAGACCAUCGAACAGGAAAUACCCAUUGUAGCAAAGCCCAGAAAGAAGUACAGUGAUGACAGUGAUGACUCCUAUUUUACUUCCAGCUCGAGGUAUUUGGACGAGCCGAUGGAGUUCAGGAGCAAUUCUUUUUCCAGCUGGGACGACAGCUCAGAGUCCUACUGGAAAAAAGAGACCAUCAAAGAUACUGACACCAUCCUGAAAACCACAGGCUAUUCAGACAGAUCUACUGCUCGCCGUAAGUCAGACUAUGAGCCAGUUGAAAAUACAGAUGAGGCCCAGAAGAAGUUUGGGAAUGUCAAAGCCAUUUCAUCAGAUAUGUACUUUGGAAGACAAGCCCAAGCUGAUUAUGAAACCAGGGCUCGGCUGGAGAGGCUUUCGGCGAGUUCCUCCAUCAGCUCAGCUGAUCUGUUUGACGAGCAGAGGAAGCAGACGGCAGGAAGCUACAACCUCACGAGCGUGCUGCCCACGGCGCCCGACAUGGCCCAGUUUAAGCAGGGAGUGAGGUCUGUUGCCGGAAAGCUCUCGGUCUUUGCCAACGGAGUCAUGACGUCCAUUCAGGAUCGCUACGGUUCUUAAAUCCCACAUGACAGGACCUAUUUCCGGAGAAAUUCCUCUUUCCGUGAACCGGUGACCACAGCACAGACUGCAGCGAAGACCAGCAGACUGUUUUGCCUCUUUGUCACGAAGUAUAUAUGCAUUGCUGAUUUUUAGUAUUUCUUUGGAGAAAUUCUCGUUUUUGAUGUAGUAGAAGCUUUAUUGUAAGUUCUGCUGUGCUUUCCUGCCAUCACACGCCCCGCUUGGGGCAGAACUGUGCACACGCUUGCUUUAUUUUCUUGGGAUCUAGUUCCAACAGCCAGGGCUUCUCCGCCUCCCAGGACCGAGCACCUUCCUUGGGUGGGGGGAGGGGGGAGGGGGGCUCCAUGCUGCGAGACGGAGGGGCUACAGGCUCCCUCAAGCAGCCGAUGCUACAGGGCCUGCAGAGACAACUCACAGCACACGGUUCACCCAAAAGGGAGCAGAGAAUAAAAACAAAAGAAAGAUUGCUUCACUUCUAUUUCCACAUAUUAAGGUAAUUUCAGAAUAAUGUUUAAAGUCAUCCAUCUGUCCCUUUGUAAAUUGCUUAUUUUGUAUGAUCCAUAAAUUAAAAGAUAAUUUUCAGCGAGUGCUUUGAAGAGACCGAAGCUUCUGCAUUGCCAAGGGAAUUAAUCUUUCCACAAGGUGUUGUUUGAAUUUAUGGGAACUGUGAGGUGAGAACUCCCUGAGUGUCUUUACAAACCAACACACCGUACAGAACUGAAAAUGAAGAAGGGAAGAAGAUAGACCCACGGAAAAGAUUUUAGUAUAUGGGACAAGAGUAGUUGUAACGGGGUAGUUUUGUUAAUAUUUUUUAUCUUAAUCUUGGUUUUCAAAAAAUUACAGAAUGUGUAUAAAUGAAUAAAGAAAAAUCAUUUGGCUGUGUUUUAGACAGCAUUAGAAUAUAUUGUUCAGCACAGUAAAAUAUAUUUGAAAUUUGAUGAACCAGAAAUGUGGUUUCAACUGAAUAUUUUGUGAAUUUUUCUUAAAAGAUCAAAUUUGUAGACUAAACAUAAUAAACCCUUGCAGCAGA